UUCUCUCUUUCCUUUUCACUGAGAUUUUAAACCAAACCCCAAUCCCGCUUUCCCUAUUCCUUCACCAUAGCUGUACUCAACCAACACUAGGGAACUGUCUCUUUCCUUCUUUCUCAGUGAGACCUUUCUUCACUCUUCAAUGGAAGUUGCUGAGCUCGUUUCAACUUAGACCCCAGGAUUCACAAGUCAAGAUUUAGAGUCCAGCUCUUCUGAAUCUUGAAGAAAUGAAGAAAGAUAAUAGUGUCGCUUUGAAAGAUGGUGAGGUUCCUGCUCGAUGGACUCGUGCUCGAGCUGCUGCUUUUCGUGCAUCUGGACAGUUGCCUCCUCUGAAGGGGGUACCACAAGGAAUUGAAAAGCAGCCCCUAGGAGCCAACCUAAAAAGAGCGGUUUCUGAUAAUACAUGUCUUCCGCGUAAGAAGAGGGCUGUUCUUCAGGAUGUCUCUAACACUUGCUCUGAAAGUUCAUACAGGAGCUGCUUCAAUGCAACUAAAAAUCAGGCUAAGAAAAGCAAGAUUGCUAAGCCGGCUCAACUCAAUGUUCCCAAAGUGGUACCAUGUGUUGGUGGAGGGCUACCACGACAUCAAGUUGACUCAAAAGCAGAGAGUUUGCCGCAAAUGGGGCUUCGAUCAGAAGAUACCAUGUGUUCAUUUAAUUUCGAAGACAAUGCUUUUCUACGGCCGAGUUCCAAACAAUGUGGCACAGAUGAUAAUAUGUUUGACAGCCAGACAUCUGGAAUAUCCUCUUAUCCGUUGAUAUCUCAAAAGAAAGCUUCUCAAACUGUUGCAGCCAAGAAAAGUAGCCUUGCUGAACUCCAGAAUGUGUCACAGGAUCCAGAUUUCACUGAUAUAGAUGCUGAUUCUGAGGAUCCUCAACUGUGCGGCCUCUAUGCCACUGAUAUCUACAACAACUUCCGCGUUGCUGAGCUGUCAAGAAGGCCUAGCUUCAUGGAAACAGUACAGCGAGAUAUCACUCAAAGCAUGCGUGCAAUACUGGUUGAUUGGCUUGUAGAGGUUUCUGAAGAAUACAAAUUGGGAGCAGACACUCUUUACCUCACUGUAUACCUCAUUGAUUGGUUUCUCUCCAAAAAUUACAUUGAAAGACCAAGACUUCAGCUGCUCGGAAUUACCUGCAUGCUAAUUGCGUCGAAAUAUGAAGAAAUUAAUGCCCCACGUAUUGAAGAAUUCUGCUUCAUCACGGACAACACAUACACAAAAGAGGAGGUACUAAAAAUGGAGACUGAAGUGUUGAAGUCCUCUGCAUAUCAACUGUUUGCUCCCACAACAAAAACUUUCCUCAGGAGGUUUCUUCGAGCUGCACAAGCUUCUUCCAAGAACCCUAGCUUGGAACUGGAGUACUUAGCCAAUUACCUAGCUGAACUUACAUUGAUGAACUAUGGUUUCUUAAAUUUCCUUCCGUCUAUGAUUGCCGCAUCCGCCGUGUUUCUUGCGAGAUGGACAUUAGAUCAGUCAAGCCACCCCUGGAAUCCAACUCUUCAACACUAUGCCUCUUACAAACCAUCAGAUAUGAAAACCACAGUUCUUGCAUUACAGGAUCUACAGCUGAAUAUUGAUGGCUGCCCUUUAACUGCAAUCCGCACAAAGUACACUCAAGAGAAGUUCAAAGGUGUAGCAGCUUUGACUUCACCAAAACUGCUUGAAACUCUGUUCUGAAGAUGUAGGUGGUUGACAAACGAAUGCAAGGGACCCCUAACUGUAACUGAUGAUAUGUACUACACAAGAGAAGUUCCUGGCUUUUAUUCAAAACAUGUCUCAUCUAAUCAUCACUCCCAACUAUUGUUCAUUUGUCCAUGCUAUUCUUUAAUAUCUUCUGUAUAUACAUUUGAUGGUCCUUCUGAUUGGGAUUCUUGUCGAGUUUUCUGAGAUGGAUUGAACACCAGGAACUUGAUAAGUAUCGGUGGUUGUUGACAGAGUGUAACAGUAACUUCUGACGCCUUAGACUGAUUGAAUCCCCUUCUUGGGGAAGUUCUAUUGACGUCGGUGCAUGUAAUCAACUCAUGAAAUUUGUCAUUUA